AUGUUUCCAGGUUUUACAAAAGAUAGACAGAGGGUUCCACGUCAGUACCUCUUGGAACCUACAAACAAAGCCACCAUCGGUGCCGGACUUUCCACAAAAGCUCGGCGAUCUCCGCAGACGAAGUUUGACGACUCGACGGUGGGGAAGAGGAAGGGGAUCGUUCUUGAUCUUAACAAGGUCCCCGCAGAAGACGAAGAAACGCUGGAAUUACCGUUACAAGACCGAGAAGAUGGCAAGACGAAAAACAAGUGCUCAUCGUUGAAAAAGAAACUCGCUCUUGACCUGAACGACGUCGUUACGGAGGAAGAAGAAGAGCGGGAAUCGGCGUUUGAUGAGGGACGUGGCGAGAAGAUAAACAAGAGGCCGAUGUUAAAGAAGAAGUUCGUUUAUGACCUUAGCGACGUCGUUAGGGAGAAGGAGGAAAAAGUACUGGAAUCGUUGUUGGAAGACGGACUUAAAGGGAAGAUCAACGAGCGCUUCUCGUACAAGAAUAGGGUUUUUCCUCGCCAGAACGACGUUGUUAGGGAGAAGGACGAAGAAGCGCGGGAAUCGCCGUUUGAUAACGGAGGCAGCGAGAAGAAAAGCAAGCGGUCGUCGUUGAAGAGGGUUGGCGGCGACGUUAAUUCACAGAAUCGGAGGGAAAAAUCAUGUUUGAAUACCCAUCUCCCAGGGUCCACGUUGAAUUUAGCGUUUUCUCACGAGGAUGUAGAAAUUGCUGAAAUUUUAGUUAACUUACGUAAAAAGAAAUGCUAUAAGAAUCGAGGACGUAGAAGCAACUUGUAG